AUGAGAGGCAAGCCCAGGAGAUAUGCAAAAGCAGCUUUCUUGACUCGUCGUUACAUCGAGAGGUUCAAGGCAGACCCUAGCUGGAAAACAAAAGGUAUUUUGGUUGCAGUGAAAGAGGAUCUUAGAACUGAUAUCACCAGAAAUGUGGCUUGGAAAAUGAGAAGGUAUGCAAAUGAAUUGCUAUACAGGACAAUUGAGGAACAAUUCACACUAUUGUGGUCAUAUGGUUCAAAGGUGUUGCGUACCAAUCCAGGCUUAAAUAUGACCAUCAACAUGUUUUAUGAUGUCUUCCAGGGGAUAUAUAUUUGUUUUGAACCAUGUAAGAUUGGCUUUGAAAGAGGUUGUAGGAAAGUGAUUGGCGUAGACGGCUGUGACUUGCAAGGCUGUUUUGGAGGCAUAUUGCUUACGGCCAUUGGUCUAGAUGUAAACAAUUGUGUAUAUCCUAUCGAACUUCUUGCAGCAGAUCUUGAGAUUGGUAAUGGGGAUGGUUCGACUGCAAUAACAGAUCGCCCAAAGGGGUUGCAGAACGUUGUUGAUGAACUACUUCAGGAGUCCGAGCAUAGAUUCUGUGUGCACCAUAUGUACUCAAACCUUUUCAGUGCCAACUUCAAAGGAAAGACAUUGAAAGAUUAUCUAUGGCAUCUGAGCAUCAUGCGAAGAAUACAAAUGCAAAGGGAUAAGAUGAGGUCAUAUGUUGGUCAGCUUUGCUCAAAGAUCAGAAAGAAAGUAGAGUGUAUUUCAGGGUCUUUUGUGGUGGACCUUAAAGACAGAAGUUGUGGAUGUCACAAGGGAGAGUUAACUGGGAUACCAUGCUUGCGUGUGGUAGCAGUGAUUUGGGAGUGUAGAAAUGAACCGGAGGAUUAUGUUGACAAAUGCUACAUGAAAGAGACAUACUUGAAUUGUUACGAUAAUAUAUUGAACGCUAUCAACGAGCAACGAUUGUGGCCAGAGGUAAAUGCAGGACCGAUAAACCCACCAAAGUAA